CACGACAACAUUGAACAAGGGCGUCAUUUAAGAAAGGUUACCUGGCUCUCUUUGACAUCUUCUGCAUCUCCCCGCAAAACACAGCUGCACAAUGACUGUCCAGGCUCCCCUCAAGGCCUCGUCCCUCUACUUCUCCCCCGUGGCUGCCGACCACCCUACCGACCCCCGCGGCUAUGGCCGGUACAUGCUCACUAUCCCCUGGAGCAGGACCAGCGGCUGGGGACAGCCCAAGAUCGGCCCCCGUCAGGACCUCUCGUUCGACCCCCUCGCCGGUGUCCUCCAGUACGCCGUCACCUGCUUCGAGGGCAUGAAGUGCUACAAGGACGAGCAGGGCAAGCUCCGCCUCUUCCGUCCCAACAAGAACUUUGACCGUCUCAAGCGCUCUGCUGCCCGCGUCGGCCUCCCGGACCAGUGGGAUAACGCCGAGCUCGUCGACCUCCUCUCCAAGCUCGUCGCUCUUGAGGCCCCCAUGGUCCCCGCCGGUGACGGUGACAACCUCUACAUCCGCCCCACCCUCCUCGAGACCUCGGAGUCGUUCGGUAUCAAGGAGGACGCCUUCGCUGCCGAGGCCCUCCUCUACGUCGUCACGUCGGUCAACCUCGGCAAGGGCCUCUACGCCUCGUCCGAGGGUACCGGUCUCCGCCUCGACGCGUGCAACAAGUAUAUUCGCGCCUGGCCCGGAGGAACUGGCAGCUACAAGCUCGGUGCCAACUAUGGCACCGUCUCGGUUGCCAAGCAGCCCGGCUUCGCCAUGUCCCUCUGGCUCCACAGCUACGGCAAGGAGGACUUCAUCUCCGAGGCCGGCGCCAUGAACGUCUGGAUCAUCAAGGAGGCCAAGGACGGCGUCACCGAGUUUGUCACUAUGUCGCUUGACAACGGCAUCGUCCUCCCCGGUGUCACUCGCGAGUCGAUCAUCACCCUCCUCAACGACCACGCCAGCGGCAAGCAGGCCUUCCCUCUCGAGGGCAUGCCCAAGAACAUCCGUGUUGUCGAGCGCGACAUUUCGAUGAACGAGAUUGUCGAGGGCACCAAGGACGGCUCGCUCAAGGGAAUGUUCGGCUGUGGAACUGGUGUCGUCGUGGUCCAGGUCGGCCUCGUUCGCUACCAGGACGUCGAGUACAACAUCCCCGCCAACCCCCUUAUCAAGCUCCUCCGUGACACCGUCACUGGCAUCCAGCGCGGACGCCUCGAGCGCGACGACUGGUCGUUCGUCGUCCCCGAGUGGGACGGGUCGGCCCACGAGCACGACGUUGACGGCCAGAAGGUCAUUGCGUAAAUGUGCACGAUUUGUAAUGAUAUAGAGAGUAGACACUGCCAUGCAUGGGUCUGAAAUGAAGU